AAAGCAAAAAGCAAAGGAGAAAGCUUAAUCGUACUUCAAUGGAGGAAAUUAGCAUAGCCGAGCUCAGGGAAACUUUCGAAAGCGGGAGAACUAAAUGUGUUUCAUGGAGGAAGAAACAGCUCAAGGCUUUACUUGACCUCGUAAGUGAAAACGAGGACUCCAUUUUCAAAGCUUUGGAUCAGGAUCUGGGAAAGAGUCCAGUUGAAUCAUAUAGAGAUGAGGUAGGGGUUGUAAAGAAAUCAGCCACCUAUAGUUUGAGCUGCCUCGACAAAUGGGUGGCCCCUAAGAAGGGUGAUUUAUCGUUGCUUUUAUUUCCUUCAAAAGCAGAAGUGAUACCUGAACCUCUCGGUGUAGUUCUGAUUUUUGUAGAAUCAAAAUAG